AUGUAUGGAAGGCAUGGUUACUUCAAUUCGGUUUUCAAGCGUUACAGCAACACUAAUUCACUAACAACCAGCAAUUACGUGAUGGACAAACGAUUAGUGUGGGUCGAUUGUGAGAUGACAGGAUUGGAUGUUGAUAAAUGUCAUCUUCUGGAAAUAGCAUGCCUCAUCACAGACGACCAGCUGAACAUAGUUGCAGAGGGCCCCAACAUAGUGAUACAUCAGCCAGAUGAGAUAUUGAAUUCCAUGAAUAACUGGUGUCUGAAACACCAUAGCGAGUCUGGGCUAAUGGAGCAGGUAAGGAAUAGUAGAAUAUCCGUGAAACAGGCGGAGAUGGAGUUGCUGUCAUUUGUUAGACAGCAUACCCCACCAGGGAUGUGCCCGUUAGCAGGAAACAGCAUUCACGUCGACAAGAAGUUUCUAGAAAAGUAUAUGCCACAGUUUUCAUCACACUUUCAUUAUAGGAUUGUUGAUGUUAGCACUAUCAAAGAAUUGGCCAGUCGUUGGUAUCCAGACCACAGUGAUUUGGCCCCUGUUAAAAAGAUGGUUCAUAGAGCUAUGGAUGACAUUCUGGAAAGCAUUGCAGAGUUGAGAUUUUACAGGUCCACAUUCUUCAAGAUGUUGUAA